AUGGACACGUUCAGCGAAUUAGCAGUUUUGCAGACCAAGGUGCAAAGAGAUUCUGCUUACAGUAAAAAUUAUGCAGAAAUGCUGGAUUUAGUUAACGAGCUAAACGAGCGACUACGGCUUGCAGCCGAACAAGGCGAACAAAGGAAUAUAGAGAGACAUUUAAAACGAGGACAGCUUUUAGCGCGCGAUAGAGUGGAAUUGUUGCUCGACGAGGAUUCGCCAUUCUUGGAACUUUGUCCUCUUGCCGGUUGGGGUCGUGAUCGUAUGACACUUGGGGGAUCUGUUGUUGCUGGUAUUGGACUUGUCUGCGGCGUCGAGUGUAUGAUUACUGCUAAUGUGCCUACGAUGUACGGCGGUUCUUCUAACGAAGUUAGCGUCUCUAAAGCUGCGCGAAUGAAUGCGAUUGUUUGGGAAAACCGGCUUCCCCUGGUUCAAUUAAUUCAGACGGGCGGGGCAAGGCUCGAUCAACAAUCACAAGUAUAUCAUCCUGGUGGGGCACAAUUCAGGCAUCUUGCUGAAAGAUCCAAAGCUGGGUUGCCUACUUGUAGUGUAGUCUUUGGGAGUUCAACAGCUGGUGGUGCAUAUUCACCGGGCAUGAGUGACUAUGUUAUCAUGGUGAAGAACCAAGCACAAGUGUUUCUUGGCGGACCACCCCUAGUUAAAAUGGCAACCGGUGAAGUUACAGAUGCAGAGAGCCUUGGAGGGGCUGAUAUGCAUUGCAGAAUAUCAGGCAUGUGCGUCUCGGACCAGUUGGCACAAGAUGAGUACGACGCUAUCAGAAAAGCGCGCGAGUUUGUUGCUAAUCUUAAUUGGAGCAAACAGGGAAAGUUACCGAGUAGACAUCUUUCCCCUAUUAUCGAAGAACCGCUUUAUGAUAUAGAUGAGUUGCUAGGAAUAGUACCUGCUAAUUUGCGCAUUCUUUUUGACGCCAAUGAAGUUAUUGCGCGUUUGGUUGAUGGAUCACGAUUUACUGCAUUCAAGCCUUUGUAUGGACCAAAUCUCGUUACUGGAUGGGCAUACAUUCAUGGCAUACCCGUUGGUAUUCUGGCAAACAAUAAUGUCCUUUUCACACAAGAGGCUAACAAAGCUACGCAAUUCAUACAACUAUGUAAUAUGAAAAAUACACCACUACUUUUUUUACACAAUAUAACUGGAUUUAUGGUCGGAAAGAAAUAUGAAGAGGAAGGUAUUAUCAAAGCCGGUGCUCGUUUUAUUAAUGCUGUAAGCAACAGUCAAGUCCCUGCGAUAUCUAUAGUUAUGGGUGCUUCAUAUGGUGCUGGAAACUAUGCAAUGUGUGGGAGGGCUUAUAAUCCAAGGUUUAAUGUCGAUGGCUAUCAGAACAAAUGCUCCGUUAUGGGACCGGAGCAGUUAUCAGGUGUUAUGGAUUUCAUUAUGCGAGAGGCUGCGUCAAGGGCGAAGAGAGCUAUUGAUGAAGAAGCCGCUGAGGCAAGGAAGAAUAUGAUACGAGCAGUCGUUGAAGAAGAGUCAGAUGUAUAUUGGACAAGUUCUCGAGUAUUAGAUGAUGGGGUUAUUGAUCCAAGGAUGACUCGGACUAUCGUGGGAUUCUGUUUAAGCGUUAUUUAUAACAGCGAUGUAAAGGGGGGUAAUCUCUAUGGCGUAAGCCGCAUGUGA